AUGUCGUGCUUCUCCAGCCUCCUCAGCUGCUGCCUACCCACCAAAGCCCUCAAAUCUCCCGAAACGCAACAGACACCCACCACCCCUCCACACCUCUGCUCCACGAACAACAACACUCACGGGCCACCACAAGAUCAAGAUGGCUACAACACCGUUGUCCCUCUCCCCGCAUACACGCCGCGGCCAAUGAGCAUUCACGAAAAGACUCUGGAAGCUCACAUGCGCGAUCCCCCCAUCUCGUCAGAAACAUAUCACCAUCACCACCACACCGAACCCCAGUCGAACAUAAACCCCUACACCUUAAGCACCGACGAGAAGCAGCGCCUCGCCUGGGAAGAAGCCACGGGCACCACACCAGACCCAAACACCCAUCACACCGACACCACCUCCCCAAACUACUACUACCCCUACUACACACAUCCACGCCCCGAAGAAGUGACCUCAGACGUCUCCUCCGCUCUUUCAUUUCCGAGUAGCUACGGGAACACAUCGACCGCAACCCGGGAAACGCCUCCACCGCCAUACUCCCCUCCCGUCCUCUCGCCCGCUCCCUCGCGCUCAAUGUCCAUCUCCUCGGCUUACCGCCAUCCGCAUCCUGGGUUUCCGGGGCCGAUGGUUGCACUUACGCAGCCGCCGCCGGUUUUCCAGAGGCCGGAUGUUCCUGGUGCGGGGAGGUUUACGCCGCCAAGAGCCAGCAUUGAUGAGCAGAUUGCGGGGGCGGGGGCGAGGGUGAGGAGAUUUUCGUGGGAGAGUCGGUGA